UCAAGGCGAGUAAUAGCGACCAAUCAUCAAGCCAUUACAGGGCUUCACUGGAAGCUGUUUAUGUGAUAUCAGCUCUAAUUAGCUCAUGAACUAACAAAUCGUUUGCACAACUUUCCAGCCGUGUGAUAAAGUGACCGCAUAGAUGGAUUGUCCCUGGACUAUGUGGCCACAUCGUUUCUAAAGUGUUCGCGGACCAACUUUUAAUGUACGCGUCCUUAAUCUCAGCAGUAAUACUUUUCUUUUUGGGGGGGAGUGUCGCACAACUGCCCGUUUCUCUUUCUCUCACUCUCUUGCACUGAGGAUAUACUGACUGGCAAAAAACCAUGUUUCAGCCUACACCUAAGCGAUGUUUUACCAUUGAAUCUCUGGUAGCCAAGGACAGUCCACUGCCUGCAUCGAGAUCAGAGGAACCUAUAAGGCCAGCCGCCCUCAGCUAUGCGAACUCUAGCCCCGUGAAUCCAUUCCUGAACGGCUUUCCUACCAGCGGCAGGGCGAUCUACUCCAAUCCGGAGCUGGUGUUCGCUGACGCGGUCUCUCACCAAACCAACUCGGCGGUACCGGUUCACCCAGUCCCUCCACAUGCUUUAGCAGCUCACCCUCUGCAGUCGUCCCAUUCUCCACAUCCCUUAUUUGCAUCGCAACAAAGAGACCCUUCGAGUUUCUAUCCAUGGCUAAUACACAGGUACAGAUAUCUGGGACACAGGUUUCAAGGAAACGAGACGAGCCCAGAGAGUUUUUUAUUGCACAAUGCACUCGCCAGAAAGCCCAAGCGCAUCCGAACGGCCUUCUCGCCGUCUCAGUUGCUAAGGCUGGAGCACGCCUUCGAGAAAAAUCACUACGUAGUGGGAGCAGAACGGAAACAACUGGCCCACAGUCUUAGCUUAACAGAAACUCAGGUAAAAGUAUGGUUCCAGAACAGAAGAACGAAAUUUAAACGGCAGAAGUUGGAAGAGGAGGGGACAGAUGCACAGCAGAAGAAGAAGGGGACCCACCAUGUCAAUCGAUGGAGACUUGCGACUAAACAGGCCAGUCCUGAGGAGAUCGAUGUCACCUCGGACGAUUAGAACUGGAAACAAAACCUAUGUCAAACUAUAGUGUUACUUUCAAAACAGCAGAGUUGCUGAUGUAGAAAAUGGGAAAAUAAAAAUACUUCAUCCAAAAUGCAAUUCCUGUGACGAGGCAGCUGAGGUAAGGAGAGGUCCAAGAGGUGGCACUACGCGCUGUCCAGAGGCAGCGAUCAAUCAACUCCGGGCAAGAUGAUUGACAAGCGGACUUUAAUGUAAGGCAGUUCGCUUUUACGCGAACUCCUAAUCCAAUUCCGGACUUUUUGCACUUCCGAAUUCAAAUUAUAAAGAACUGAAUGGAACAAAAUAUCUAAAAUCCACACCUGUUUCACAAACUUGAAUUGCAUGUGAGCCGAUCGUGAAAAGAUGGAUUAUUAUAAAUUCAAAAAUGCGGGACUAAUUUUUUUUAAUUUUUUCUUAUUUGCUUUAAGAAAGGUUCUGUCAGCUGUGUGCUUUUUACAGAGAAAAAUUACUGUUAAAAAAAUCCCUGUUAAAUAAUUAUACCUUCUGGCGUCGAUGUGAUUGUGUACAGCUUUCAGGUAGAAGUGCUGCGUUUUAAUGUUCACAAAACCAAUAAACAAAGUUAGACAUCUUUGGAUUAACAAAACAAAAAAAAAACAUUUUGAUCACAAUUUCAGUACUUUAUUUAAAAUAAGAAAACUUUUUUUAAUUAAAAGAGAAUUCCCGAGUUUUCUUUGUUCAUCAGUCUGAAGCGAAAUGAGAAUUCCCGUGAGGUGACCUGGUUUGGCUGAGCUUGCUUGCAAGUUGCUACAGAAGAUUAGGAGUAAAAUCAUUAUCCAUCUCUGGGCGGCUGUGGUCAACGAAGCACUGAGCCUGUUAAUGCGUGUGUAUUGCGACACUAAAGUGAAAGAUGUCUCUGUAAUGUCUUCUAUCGAAUGUAAAUACUUGUGUUCGUUGAGUUUGUUGCAAUUCUAACACAUUAUACUUCCAAGAAGUAUGUCAUUGUCAUAUAUUGUCAAUAAAGAUUUAUCCAUUCGCUGCUCAGAAUAAUCAAAUUAGUGGACAUGUAUGGGUUUUGUUCGAUUCAAAAUGACCCAACUCUGCCCAUAAUAUUGUCAGUGUUUUGUAAUCUAUUUAACUCGAUUGACAUUAUUGAAUCAAUUAACCCUUUGAAUUCUCAGUUUCUGACCCAUUUCAGAACGCGGGCCUUUCUUCCCACCAAUUACAUUCGCAAAGAUGCAAUCCCUAUCGUGCUAGAUAUUAUAUUAAGAGACCAAUUAGUGCGGCUGAUGCUAGAUAAUUAGUUGCUAUUAUUUUGAUUUGCAUGUAUUGAGAAGUGAAAUUGUAUAUUUGAGAUAGAAAAUUUGAAGGGUUUUCUGGCGAUUAAGUUAUUAAAUCAAUGUCUACAUGAUCGGGUGGAUUCCAACUUUUCAUUGUUUUGACAUUUUUUCCUGUUCAUGCUUUUUCUGUCAUCAUAUCAGAAAAGAUAGAGGUGCACGAACAAAUUAAUUUGUCGGCGCUUGACAUGCUCGAAACUGUACCGUGCAAGAGAGAGAAUAGAAUUUUAUUAAUUUAAUUGAAAUAGCAAUUAAUACUGUAGCAUUUGAACUGUUUGUAACCAGCUCUUGACUACAAAACGGGUUUCUGAGGCAGGCAAUGUUUUUCAUGGUUCAUUUACCUUUCAUCCUGAUAGGCUGCAUUAAUCAGUUUUAUUUCCAUUCACAGAAACCUCGUCUGCCCUGUAUAGCUACAAAGAGUCCUAAAAUCUUUUGUGAAAGUGCAAAUCAGUUUAAGCAAUUAUCAUACCAGGAAUAUGAGGAAAGCGGACGCGGUGCUAUUGGCUCGUUUAAUCUCUUAAUCCAUGAAUAGGGGAAUAGUUUGACAUAACUGCGGACAAUCUCAGUAGUCGUCACACUGUGAUACGGCGCAUUUACAAAGCACAGGAAAAAUAAGAGCUUUGUUUUAACUCGUGUCUUUAAAUUGCACAAUUAAUUACUGUCCACACGCGUCUUCGCAAUGGGGAAACAGGGUUUGUAGAAACUGAUAGCAAUGCAUGCUCUCGAGUGCUAGGGGAGGUAAUAAAAUGCAGCAACGUUAAAGGCUGACCAACAUGAAAUAAGAUAUCUUUACACAUUGAGGACAUUGUUUAAACUAUCUUUAAAUAAAAUGUAUAAUAAAAUGUAAUAUAUUGUUAAAAGUUUGUCUAUGGGAGCUGCCCGUUUGCACUGGAGUUCAUAGCACUGUUCCAAAUAUGUAUCCGAAUAGCUUUGUGGCUCGUGAUACGUGCUUCCCCGCAUGUUUAUCUAAUAUUUAUUUUUCGUUUAUUUAAUGCCAAGUUUCUAGCCGCUGAUAUGUCCUUAUCGUUGAGCCGUUCUGAUCAGCAAUAUGCCGAUGAUUCUAUAGUUCUUUAGUAUAAAGCUUCGCACCUAACAGCGUGGUCGUUUUUGUAAAUGGUUUCCCAUCUGGAUCGGGCAAAACAGAGCUCCGUCUUGCGCUGUACAUAUACUUAGCAGGAAGAACGUAAAGCGUCCUGCGCAGAAACAGCAAUAAAUCUUUUGAGAAUACCAUUAGCUUUGAAAAACCUAAAAGCUUUAUUACAAACCGAUCUUUGAAAAUAGGGGAUUAGGAGGCUGAAAAGGUUCCACAAUACUUAGAAGAAAAGGUUUCAUGCUAAUGAGGUUAAUGCCCUUUGUAUCGCAGGACUACACAACUUCAUUACCCACUAUCUCAGCGUACACCAAGCGGCGCUGAGGACCCAACUGCCGCUGAAUACACAUGAGCUUUCCCUGACCGGCUAAAGAAGGGUUUUAUACCAGGUCUGUUCAAACUAGAUAAUUAUAUCUUUUCAAGUCGGAAUUAAGAUAAAUAACUGGAGGAUAGGCGGCUCGCCUUGAUCCUUGGAACCAAAUUCGGCGCACUUUUCCUAAGCAUCAAACAGUCACAGGGCAGUUAUCUCAUUAGAAGUUUCUCUACCUUGCACGGCUGAUUCCAUUUACUCAUUCAAAAAGAACAGCCUCUCUUAAAAUAAAACUGUGUACUAAUUAUACACCAUGAUUUAGAUUUUUCAAAAAUUAAAAUGUUACCAAUAUACCUUUCCUGGUCAUUAUUUCCCGUGUGUUUCAGACUGUGAAAUUCAUUGCACAGAGAAACUCUUGGUAAUAAAAGGCCGUAAUUCUUAAUCCCCCUGGUAUUGUUCAUUGUGUGUUGUUGUGUUAAACCCAUCUUUUAUUGUGCAGACAUAGGAUUAAUAUUUUCAUUAAAAUAUCAAAGAAAAAGAAUUGGUCUGGUUGGGGUUGUUAAUCGAACGGCAGAAAUUUCACUAUAGUUACGGUAGAAGUGAGAGGCGAGAUUUUUAAAAAUGCAUCUAUAUCUUUAUCGAUCUGUAUGUGUCCAUAAGCUGCCGCUCAGUCAGCAGCAUACCUGUUAUAAUUCUGUACCUGCUCUCUAGAGUGCGUCCUUUUCGUUUAUCCAGGUGGUUUCCUAAUUGCAUUAGAUGUCCAUUUGAGGAUCUAAGCGAGAAUGCUCCAGUUUGCAGUAAUGUACUAAAGGUCUAUUUACCGAAUUCAAGAGUGAACUGGGCGAGAUAUUAAAGUUCAUGAAAACACCACUGUUAUAUUACUAUCUACUUAAGAUUGACUAAGAAAUUCGCCUUGUCGUAUUUGCUAAUGGUGAAGGUAAGGGUUCCUCUAUAUUCGCUGCCUAUUAUAAUGGGAGUGUGGAGCGAGAUACUGGUUCUCAAAUUGGAUGUAAAUUGUUUAUUUGAUGAAUUAAAACUUCUAAAAAUUGA